AUGAACCGCCUCUUUGGCACGAAGAAUACAGCUCCAAAGCCGACGCUGGAGGGCGCGAUAUCAAGUGUCGAUGCCCGGAUAUCAAGUAUAGACGUCAAGCUGGCUGCGCUGAACGCCGAGCUGACGGCCUACCAGACCAAGAUGUCCAAGAUGCGAGACGGCCCCGGCAAGACGGCGAUGCGCCAGAAGGCACUCAAGGUUCUCCAGCAACGGAAACGCUACGAGGGCCAGCGGGACCAGCUCUCGCAGCAGUCCUGGAACAUGGAGCAGGCCGGCAUGAUGCAGGACAACCUGCGUAAUGUCAUGACGACUGUCGAUGCUAUGAAGACUACAACAAAGUCGCUCAAGCAGCAGUACGGCAAGCUCGACAUCGACCAGAUCGAGCGCAUGCAGGACGAGAUGCAGGACCUGAUGGACAUGGGGAAUGAGAUCCAGGAUAGCAUCAGUCGUGCAUACGACGUGCCUGAGGACGUGGACGAGGCUGACCUCGAUGCCGAGCUGGAGGCUCUGGGAGAGGAAGCCAUGUUUGAGCAGGCCAUGGGCGGGGAGGAGGCCAUACCGUCCUUUAUGCAGGACGAGGUUGCUCCUCCGCAGUUCAUUGAUGAGCCGCCUGAGCAGAAUAAGAUGAAGGAGGUGGCAGGUGGCUGA